UCGAUAGUUAUUCAAUGGUUAUCGGUAAUCCGCUUGCCAUCUGUGCCGGCAGCUCUUAAAAAUUUUGAGAUUACUUCGCAGAUUUGGGUAAAUUUAGAUACAACUGAUCGACCAUGGAUAGCAUUAUUGGACGUAGCCAGUUCGUCUCGGAGACGGCCAUUCUCUUCACAGACGAAAAAACGGCCACGGCUAGGGCAAAGGUGGUAGAUUGGUGCAAUGAACUGGUCAUCGCAUCGGGUCCCACAAAAUGCGAACUGCUGGUCAAGGUGCAGGAGACUGUCCUGGGGUCCUGCGUGGAGCUGGCCGAGGAAUUCCUGGAGCCAGUGCUAUCCCUGGCCCACGACCAGAACAUGGAGGUGCGCAAGCAGGUGGUCGCCUUCGUGGAGCAAGUGUGUAAAGUGAAGGUGGAGCUACUGCCACAUGUCAUCAACGUCGUGUCUAUGUUACUCAGGGAUACAUCAGCCCAGGUGAUCAAGCGAGUGAUUCAGGCCUGUGGCAGCAUCUACAAAAACGGAUUGCAGUACUUGUGCAAUCUAAUGGAACCCGGUGACAGUGCGGAGCAGGCAUGGAACAUCCUCAGCCUUAUCAAGGCCCAGAUCCUGGACAUGAUCGACAACGAAAACGACGGCAUCCGCACCAACGCAAUCAAGUUCCUAGAGGGCGUGGUUGUUCUGCAGAGCUUUGCCGACGAGGACAGCCUCAAACGGGAUGGAGACUUCUCGCUGGGCGAUGUUCCCGAUCACUGCAAGCUCUUCCGACGCCAAAAGCUGCAGGAGGAGGGCAAUAACAUAUUCGACAUUUUGCUUCAGUUCCACGGCACCACGCAUAUAUCCUCGGUAAACUUGAUUGCCUGUACAAGCAGCCUGUGCACGGUGGCCAAAAUGCGGCCCGUCUUUAUGGGCGCCGUUGUGGAUGCCUUCAAGCAAUUGAACGCCAAUCUGCCGCCCACUCUCACUGACUCGCAGGUGAGCUCCGUGCGCAAGAGUCUCAAGAUGCAGCUGCAGACACUGAUGAAGAAUCGCGGCGCCUUUGAGUUCUCAGGCACCAUCCGAGGAAUGCUGGUGGACCUGGGCUCUUCGACAAAUGAGAUUCAGAAGCUGAUGCCCAAGAUGGACAAGCAGGAGAUGGCUCGGCGUCAAAAGCGCAUUCUUGAAAACGCCGCACAAAGUCUGGCGAAGAGAGCUCGCUUGGCCAGCGAGCAGCGAGAGCAGCAGCAGCGGGAGAUGGAAUUGGACACAGAGGAAUUGGAGCGUCAGAAGCAAAAAUCCACCCGAGUCAACGAAAAGUUUCUGGCCGAACAUCUACGCAACCCGGAAACAGUAGUGGGUCUGGUGGUGGAGUUCCUGCCCACUCUGCCAACCGAGGUACCUGAAAAGUUCCUCGAGGAAUAUACACCGAUUCGACAAAUGUCCAUCCAACAGCAGGUGAGCAACAUCUCGAGAAUGUUCGGUGAGCAGCUUUCAGAAAAGCGCCUCGGUCCAGGUGCCGCAACCUUCAGUCGGGAGCCGCCAAUGAGGGUCAAAAAAGUGCAAGAAACUGAGUCAGCACCAACUCCCAUGGAAGUAGACGAGGAAUCUGUCCAAAAGCUGAGUGAGGAAGAGCUGCAACGUAAGGAGGAGGCCACCAAGAAGCUGCGCGAGACCAUGGAGCGCGCCAAGGGCGAGCAGACUGUGAUCGAAAAGAUGAAGGAGCGCGCCAAGACGCUUAAGCUGCAGGAGAUCACCAAGCCUCUGCCACGCAACCUGAAGGAGAAGUUCCUCACUGAAGCAGUGCGCCGCAUUCUCAACUCGGAGCGGCAGUGCAUAAAGGGAGGCGUGUCCUUCAGGCGCCGCAAGCUGGUCACCGUAAUUGCGGCCACCUUUCCGGACAACGUGCGCUACGGCAUCAUGGAGUUUAUUCUGGAGGAUGUGAAGCAGCGCAUUGACUUGGCCUUCUCCUGGCUAUUUGAGGAGUACUCCCUGCUGCAGGGAUUCACAAGGCACACCUACGUAAAGACCGAAAAUCGACCCGAUCACGCGUACAACGAGUUGCUGAAUAAGCUCAUCUUUGGCAUUGGAGAGCGAUGCGAUCACAAGGAUAAGAUUACUAUACGUCGCGUUUAUCUAGAGGCUCCCAUCCUGCCGGAAGAUUCCAUCGGGCAUCUGGUUCAGCUUAGCCUGGACGACGAGUUCUCCCAGCACGGCUUGGAGCUGAUUAAGGACCUGGCCGUGCUAAGGCCUCCGCGAAAGAAUCGCUUUGUGCGCGCGCUGCUCAACUUCUCCGUGCACGAGCGGGCUGAUUUGCGGGAUCGGGCACUGGCCCACCUUGUUAGUCUCUAUCAUGUUCACAAAAUCCUUCCGGCGAGAAUCGACGAAUUCGCUUUGGAGUGGAUAAAAUUCGUGGAACUGGAGGCGCCUCCGGCCGCAGUUUUCUCGCAAGAGUUUGGUCGACCAACAGCGGAAUCAGCAUGGCGGGAGGAUACGGCCAAGGUGUGUCUUGGCUUGGCACUUACCCUACUACCUUAUAAGCCAGAGGUUUACGUGGAAAAAAUUUGUCAAGUGUUCAUAGCCACCUCCGCUGAACUGAAGCGCACGAUCCUGCGUAGCCUGGAUAGUCCCAUAAAGAAGCUGGGUGUGGAAAACCCUACAUUGAUGCAUUUGAUCGAGAGCUGUCCCAAGGGCAUGGAAACCUUGGUGAUCCGAGUUAUCUACAUACUGACGGAGCGAGUUCCUGCGCCACAUGAAGAUUUGGUCCGCCGGGUGCGUGAUCUUUACCAGCACAAGGUCAAGGAUGUGCGUGUAAUGAUACCCGUACUGAGUGGGUUGACCCGCUCCGAACUGAUUGCCGUUCUGCCCAAGCUGAUAAAACUGAACCCCGCUGUGGUCAAGGAGGUCUUCAAUCGUUUGCUAGGCAUUGGCGCCGAGUUCGCCCAUCAAACGAUGGCCCUGUCUCCGACGGAUAUUCUGGUGGCUCUGCACACCAUCGACCCGAGUGUUUGUGACCUGAAGGCCAUCGUCAAGGCCACGUCGCUGUGCUUGGCCGAAAGAGAGUUGUACACCCAGGAGGUGCUUAUGGCUGUGCUACAGCAGCUGGUGGAGGUCAUCCCACUGCCUACUCUGAUGAUGCGCACAACCAUCCAGAGCUUGACUCUGUACCCGCGACUUGCCAACUUCGUAAUGAACUUGCUGCAGCGGCUGAUCAUGAAACAGGUCUGGCGGCAGAAGGUCAUCUGGGAGGGCUUCCUGAAAACUGUACAGCGCCUCAAGCCGCAAUCCAUGCCGAUUCUACUGCACCUCCCUCCCGCCCAGCUGGUCGACGCCCUGCAGCAGUGCCCCGAUCUAAGGCCAGCUCUAUCGGAAUACGCAGAGAGCAUGCAGGAUGAGCCGAUGAACGGCAGCGGUAUUACUCAGCAGGUUCUGGACAUCAUCUCCGGAAAGUCGGUUGAUGUUUUCGUUACGGACGAAACUGGCGGUUACAUCAGCGCAGACCAUAUCAAGAAGGAGGUACAGGAUCCCUCGGAAAUCGGCGUAAUAUCCACAGUUUCCGUUCUGACGUCUCUGGUGCCCCUGCCUGUUCCCCCGCCCAGCGAUCUAAACCAACCUCUACCGCCUGGCGAGGAUUAGUUGCUGCUUAAUUGUUUUGUUUGCCCAUACACAUCUCCAAUUUACUGAAUAAGAAUAAGUUUAUAUUUACACGCUCACUUCUGUCAACCUUUUUGAACCCGAAAGGUCAGACAGAAUAUUCUGACCCUUAAAACGGGCCAUUUCCUUGUGGGUUGAAAUUUCGGCGCUGCUGAUGUGGGGGAGACUAACCACUUUUUUUCAACUUGAGAAACGUUUCGAUGUAUGGUCUUCUGAUCAACAAUUCCGCCAAGACAAAAAUGCAGAUCGAUUUCAUAUUAAUAAUCUCACUAGUCUAAGGUGUUAGGGAAAAGCAGGUCACAUGAAAGUCGGGGGGGCAAGGCAUUUUAGCAAAUUCCACAUAUCAGGCACUAUUUGUCGCCACCUUCGGUGGUUUAUUCUUGGUUGUGUUGCGAUACAAACCCGCUGGUAUGUAUAUUCGGACGUGCCACGUAGACA